AUGGAGAGGCCCGUCAUUGUCCUGUUACUGCUGUGUUUUAAUCGUUCACUGGGGUUCAUUAGUGCUCAGACAACAGACAAACAUCCUGAUGAUGCAAAGAAUAUCUCAUGGAAACCAGUGAACGCCACAGCAAACAAGACCCCGAUGUGUUCUGGACCAGCACGGAUCAAAGACGCCUUCAAGUACAUCAACAGCAUUGUCUCGUGUUUCGUAUUCCUGUUCGGGAUGAUUGGAAACCUGACUCUCCUCAAAAUAAUCAAAGAACACAAAUGCUUGAGAAAAGGACCCUAUAUUCUCAUCGGCAGUCUGGCUUUAGGCGACAUUUUGCACGUCUUGAUUGGCAUACCCAUCAAUGUUUAUAAGCUCCUGGCGGUGGACUGGCCGUUCGGUGUCCUGCUCUGUAAACUGGUGCCGUUCAUUCAGAAAACCUCCGUUGGGAUAACGGUAUUGAGUCUGUGCGCUCUGAGCAUAGACAGGUACCGAGUCGUUGCAUCCAGGAGUCGAAUCGAAGGUCUUGGUUUUCCCAAAUGGACUGCUAUCAAACUGUCUUUAAUAUGGACCAUUUCAACACUGCUGGCUGUUCCGGAGGCUGUGGCGUUUGACUUGAUUACCAUGGAUUACCGAGGCGAGCAUCUGCGGAUAUGCCUCCUUCAUCCGGUACAAUCCACUCCAUUCAUGCAGUUUUAUAAAAUGGCCAAAGACUGGUGGCUCUUUGGGUUUUACUUCAUCGUGCCGCUGGCGUGCAUCGCUGUCUUUUACUCGCUGAUGACUCGGAGGAUCUUAAGCGGAAGCGUUAAGAAGUUGGACAAACACAUAAAGCAGAGACAUGAAGUGGCCUGGACGGUUUUCUGUCUGGUUCUGGUGUUUGCAAUCUGCUGGUUUCCUCUUCACCUCAGCAGGAUCCUCAAGUUAACCAUCUAUGAUGAACACGAUCCCAACAGAUGCAAAUUACUGAGCACGUUUCUUGUUCUUGACUACAUCGGCCUCAACAUGGCGUCUGUGAACUCAUGCAUCAACCCAGUGGCUCUGUAUGUGGUCAGCAAAAGAUUCAAAAACUACUUCAAGGCCACUCUCAACGCUGGUUGUUGUCGUUCAUCCAAACCCGUCCUCAUUCAGGAAGAGAAGCAAGGUUUCAUGAGGUCAAAGGUCACAGAGCCGCCGUCUGACAACAGCAACUCUGUCAAACAAGAGUCGGCAUCUGGUGACACUGAGAGAACAACCUUUCUUCAGAAAUUCACUUGUCUUAGAACGUGAAAUCUCCUUCUGAUGUUGUAUAUGUACGGUUUUGUUUUUGUAAAUAGAAUAUGACUGAAAAGCAUUUAACACUGUUGCAUUUAAUAUAAGUCUGCAUACACAGAUAACUCACUUUCCAAGGGGAAUAAAAGUUAAAACCAUACAAAAAAUUGUUACUUGAAAUAAAAUACAGUAUAUUUAAAUAUUUUAACAUUUUUAUUUAGUAAAACUUGUGCGCUAAAAAAAGA